UUUAUUUAUUUAUUUAAAAUUGCAAAUUCAAAGUUGAUUCAUCCAAUUUUUGUGAUCUAAAUUGCAAUUUUCACUAAUAUUAAAGGCGCCCUCUUUUUGGCCCAAAUCUGUUUUUUGAAUUUCUUCCAAUCUCUCUCUACACAGAUACAUACAUACAGAGAACCAGCAGAAACCAUCGUAUUUCCACCCACCUCCACAUUUCAAAACCCUCAUUUUUUCCCCAUCAAUUUCUUACUGUACUGUGACACUGAAUCAUGAAUUCGGCGGAAUCCGGGAAGCUGCUGCUGGCAGCGAGCGGCGGGGACACCGUGAAGCUGUUCGACAUCUCGGUGGAGCCUCAGAACCCAUGCGUACUGACCUACUCCCCAUCUCCAGGAUUACGUGUGAAUUCAGUGAAGUGGAAUCAUAACAAUUUAGUGCUGGCGACUGCCGGAGAAGAUAGUAAAAUAUCAUUAUGGAGGAAAAAUGGGCAAAGCUUGUGGAUGGUGCCUGCGAAAAACACAAGGGGAGAAAUUGCCGAGCCUUCAGAGUCUAUAUCAACUAUCAGCUUCAGCAAUAAAGGAUCUCGAUAUCUGUGCUCUGGUGGAACUGGUCAAGUUGUACGGAUAUGGGAUUUGCAGAACAAGCGUUGUGUCAAAUGGUUGAAAGGUCAUACUGAUACGAUAACGGGUGUAAUGUACAACUGCAGAGAUGAACAUAUAGCUUCAGUCAGUCGUAAAGGAGAUCUUAUACUUCACAACCUUGCUUCAGGCACCAAAGCUGCUGAACUCAGGGACCCUAAUGGACAGGUUCUGGGGGCACUUGAUUAUUCUCGGAUGAGCAGGCACCUUUUGGUUACUGCUGGUGAUGAUGGGUCCAUCCACCUGUGGGAUACAACUGGUCGCAGCCCAAAGGCUUCUUGGCUGAAGCAGCAUUCUGCACCAACCUCUGCUGUUAGUUUUUCACCAUCCAAUGACAAGAUUAUUGCUAGUGUUGGUCUAGAUAUGAAGUUAUACACUUUCGACUCAGGGUCCAAGAAGCCAUCUUCUUGUAUUCCUUAUGAGGCACCUUUUUCUUCACUGGCGUUCAGUGAUGAUGGAUUAACCUUGGCAGCUGGUACAAGCACUGGUCAGGUUGUAUUCUACGAUAUUCGUGGGAAACCACAACCAAUCACUGUUCUCCGUGCAUAUGGAAAUUCUGAGGCCGUCACAAAUUUAUGCUGGCAGAGGUCAAAACCUGUAAUGGUUAAUGAAAAUAACUGCACGGACGAAACUGUUCUUUUGGCCGGUGAUGCAGGGGAUUCCGUUCUUAUGCCUGAUCCACUUCCUUCUAGGACGUCAAGCCUUUCCAUGCCUUCAGCAGUUUCCGGAUCUCGAAAUCCUAGCCGUUUUGGUACCUCUGGAGAUUUAUUUUCUUUUCCUGCAGGAUCUGCACCUGCUUCAGAGGAAACACCUCUUCGGAGCAGCUUAUUAACUGGAGGACCUCUGGCAAGAUUGCAUGCACCUCGAAGUUAUAACUUCAAGGAUGAUAUGGAGGUCUUUUCUCCCCUUGUGGAAGUUCAACCAAUUACACCCUCUCUUGAUAAGUUGUGGGAUGAUCCAAAGAAAGAUCUGGGUAGAAAACCAUCUUUCUUAUCCACUUCUAGGAGGUUUGGUCUUUCAGAAGACGGGGCCAAUGAUAACCAUCCGGUUUUUGACUGGAAAUCUACUUUGUCAGCCAAGCAGGAUGACAUCAGUUCUACCUUUUCACAAUUGACUACUAGCCCUGCAUCGACACGCACUGAUGAUUCUACUUCCGUUACCCCACCCGAAGCUUGGGGUGGCGAGAGACUGGCAGACAAAUUCAAUCUCCAUCGCCACUCCAUCAACAUGCCUUCUCGUUCCGCAACAUUAACAUCCACCAGUUCCACGUCAGCAUUGAUGCUGUCUGGAUUACAAGACAGUGUCACCGCAAAUCAGAGUACAAGCAGUUUAACAUCAGGCUUGACCCUGGCCAAUUUGCGCAGCAGCAGAGAAGCCAACAAUCACGAAACUUUAUUAGCAUCUUCAGAAGCAGUUUCCUCUCCUUUAAGUACGAAAAUCAUGGCAGCGCAGGCUAACCUUGAUAAUCUUGGCCCAUCACUGUCUCUUCCUAGAAGAUUUUCCAGCUACGCCGAGCGAAUAGGCGCCACGUCAUCAUUUGGUGAUGCAUCAUCUUUUGCAGCGGGGUCGCCAAAAUCUAAGAAAACAGGAGCAGAAACGAGGGAAGAGCUUCUCAAUAGCUUGUUGUCAAGGUCCGAAAUGCCAUCUGCCGCAGGAACUGGUGUCCCCACAACUGCAAAUGGUGGAGCGGCACAAUUACAGAAAGCUCCCUCGCAGCCUGACUCACAGCAGGGAAACUCGUUUACGCUCCAGCUUUUUCAGCGUACACUCGAAGAAACUCUCUCGUCAUUUCAGAAAUCUAUUCACGACGACAUGCGUAAUCUUCACAUAGAAAUACUAAGACAGUUCCAUAUGCAGGAGAUGGAAACGUCUAAUGCAAUGGGAUUGAUAUUGGAAAACCAGUCUGAGAUUAUGAAAGAACUUCAAUCACUUCGAAAGGAAACGCAGCAGCUCCGCCAGAUGCUUUGAGUGUAGUUUUCGGUUAGUAUUCGUCUUUUAAACUGGUGCUUGACGUAGUCGUUUGCUUGUUCGACUAUCUGUAAAAAUGAAGGAAUUUAAUGUGAUCUUUAUUGGUAUUGAUUGCUACAGCAGAUUUUAGUUAGUUUUUGUUGGUUUUAUUUAAAAUUUAGAUUGAUUGAUGUGUGUGGUUGAGGGACAGUAUAUAUAUAAUUUCUUGUUUUUAUAGAUUGAUUGAUUA